AGGGAGUCAGAUAGAUAGAGAGAGAGAGAAAGGGAGAGACACUCUUGUAAUUGUCAUUGUCUGCGUUUAAAUCGACGGGCUGAGAGAAUAAAAGAAAAAUCAAGAAAAACACGCCUGGACUCCCUUGAAUCCCCGCAGGGAUGCGCAUGUACGCGUUUUCAGGAAUCUCUCUCUCUCUGCUCCUGGAGUGUGAAAGCAGAUCUAUGCAGGAAUCCCGGGGACCCUAACCUUUCCUCCCCCAUGCACUAAUUACACGAUACAGGCAGCAUUUAAUUAUAAUCACUGUGUGAGAGUCUGCAGAGGACUUGCUCAGCAGUAGCACAAAGAGGGGGGGGGAGAGGCAGAAAGAAACAACGGAGAAGGGAGGGGGGAAAAAAAAAUAAUAACUUGGGGAAAGAUUGUAAUUUUAGUGGGAAAUAACGUGAAACACAGUCAUGAACGAGGAACGCAACAACGCUGCCAAACCAACAGUGAAACGCGAUGAUGAGGAGUAUGAGAUUUCAAUUCCCUUUGAAGAAAAUAAUUUUGAGCAGACUGAUUAUUACAGCCAAUCAGAGAACACUCUUGACGAGAUCUCAGAGCCCGCCCCCAGCUCAUACGUGGUGGUGACCAAUCUUCGAACCCAGCUCCAGAUCUCCCUGGAGAAGAACUCCUGGCUUCAGAAGAGGAUUGAGGAUCUGGAGGAGGAGAGAGACUUCCUGAGGUGUCAGCUGGAUCGCUUCAUCGCAUUCACCAAGGGGGACCAAGGUGAGGGGGAGAGAGAGGAAGUGCCGAGAGGAUCAAGGGAAGGUGAUUCCAGAUCCUACUCAUGGGAGAGACGCAGAGACAAUGACCUCUCCUCCUCCUCUCGCAGGUCUGGUUCCUCCAUGCUCUCUCGCCGCUCAUCACUGCCUGCCGCUCCAAGCCAGCCCCCGCCCCCCCGGCACCAUCCCAGCUCCCAGCACGGCUCCAGAACCCAGUCCUCCCAGCAGCACCAAGGGUCCAGCAACACCAGUAACAGCGCCACCUCCACCACAGCUUCCUACCAGCAGCAGAGCACAGCGGGAAACCAGUUAAACCAGCUGCCAGGACUGCAGGGUAAGAGGGCUCUGAAGGGUGAUGGAAUGGGAGGGCUGGGAUUUGGGGCGAAUGGAGAUGAUCUGCUGGGAGAGGAAGAGGAGGGGCUGUGGGAGGAAGAGGAAGUGAUGUCGGGAGAGGAGGCCAUGUCGGACCGAGGGAGCGGGGCCUCCAAGAGGGGCAUGGCCUCGGCCAACGGUCACCAUAGCGUCAAGAGGAGGCGCGUCAUCAGAAUCUCCAGAGAGAGGCAGAGAGUCAAAGACCCAGCGGGCGUGCUGUUCCGCUACAGGAAGAUCCUCCUGACCUAUCAGAAGCUGAAGAACAUGACGAAGGCGUUCCAGCACCAUGGCGUGGACCGGAACACCGUGGCCUCGACCACGCCCAUCGCCGAGUUGCUGCUCGUGGCCCCCGAGAAGAUCGCAGAGGUGGGAGAGUUCGACCCGGCCAAGGAGCGGCUAUUGGACUACGCGCGCCGCUGCUACACCUCGCUCGACGAGGAGACCUCGCUCAAAGUGCAGGCCUUCAAGAAGAACAACCUGCUGCUGCCCAUCUCCUACCGGUUCAAACGCUAGAGGGAGGGGGAGGGGGAAAAAACGACCUGCUCUUCUCAUACAGGUUCAAACACGAGAGGAGGGGAGAGGGGAGAACAACCCGCUGCUGCCCAUUUUCUACGGGUUCAAACGCUAGAGAGAUAAAAACACACAACCUGGACAACCUACUGCUGCCCAACUUCUACCGCACCAGACACUAGAGAGA